CAUCAGUGAGAGAGAGAGAGAGAGAGAGAGAGAGAGAGAGAGAGAGAGAGAGAGAGAGAGAGACAGAGAGAGAGAGAGAGUUCAACAAUAUUAGAUGAAUGAAACAUAAAGAAAGAAAGACAGACGAAGGAACACGAGAAAAUACAGCACAGCCUCAGACUCAUGAACGCUCGCUCGAUCGCGCGCUGGCUGACGCAGCUCGGGCUCGCGCAGUACACGAGCGCGCUGGAGAAGCACGCCUACGGCCUCGAGGGUCUCCUAUUAGUAACAGAAGAUGAUCUGAGACUGAUGGGAGUUGAAGAUCCAGAUCACAGGGCGACCAUCAUAAAUGAGCUACAGAAGCAGCAGCCGGAGAAAGAGAAGAACCCCGUGGUGAUGAGGGACGCUGUGAGCCGCAAGCACUCGUCUCUGGACCUGCUCAAACCCAGCGCUGACCUCUUCCGUCACAGCAUUGUGCCUCGGCUGCGUCGCCGUGACAACCAGCGAGUCUCCGCCUCCUGCCUCCAGCUCCCCUCCCACACCCCCGAAGACCACACCCCCUCCACCAGACACAAACUCAGCAGGAGGAAGAGUGUGACGGCCUUCAUCAGUCAGGUGUUCUCAGGCCUGAAGGACAUGGACUCUCUGAAGAAGGAGCUGGAGGAGGAGCUCAAACUCAGCACUGAGGAUCUGAGGAGUCACGCCUGGUAUCACGGACAGCGGCAGCGCGAGGGAGCGGAGCAGUUGUUGAGUAGAGACGGGGAGUUUCUGGUGCGUGACUCCAGCUCCAGUGCGGGUGAAUACGUCCUGAGCUGUAUGUGGAGAAAUCAACCCAUGCACUUCAAGAUCAUACGCAUCGUGCUGCGACCCAAACAGGGUUACACUCGGGAGCUCUUUCAGUUUGAGAACGAGCAGUUUGAUAAUAUUCCAGCAUUAAUUCGCUUUCACGUCGGCGGGCGGCGUCCCAUCUCGCAUUCCACCGGAGCCAUCAUCUUUCAGCCAAUCACACGCACUCUGCCUCUACGCAUCAUCAGCGAGCGCCAGGCUGCGAGGUCGUCAAGCUCCUCCCUCCUGUCACGGGCUCAGAGCAAGAGGCGGAGCCUGAGCUCCUCUCAGAAAGAUACACUGCAGGUCAACAGCAACAACCUUAGGAGCGGCAGUCAGCCUGCUAAUCUGGAGACAGUGGGGAGACCGCCACUACAGUCUGCUCAAUCUGACAGCAACCUCCGCACAGGUGUCCCACAGAGCUGUCCGUCACAGGACUCUAGCCCCGCCCCCGUCUCCCCGGUGUUCCGCACAGGAAGUGAGCCUGUCCUAAGCCCAGCCGCUUCCUGUGCCGCUCCGCCCAGUCAGUCGAGUCUCGGCGGCUGUCCUCUGCGUGGCUCUGAUGGACAGCUGCAUUCACGAGCUCCUCCCAAACCGCUGCGGAUCUCCAUCGUCUUCACCCCGACUGCGUCCGCCCCUGAGUCCGAUUCCUCCGGCCUCUAUGGUGAGCUGGUGCCGCAGGUCCCCAUCACCAUGCUGCCCAAAGGUCACGCGGCGCGGCUCCGUGCUCAGGAGCGAUGGACCAGCCGCGCGCGUCUCACCGAGACCAGCUUUGGCUUCCUGGAGGCGCAGAAGCUGGAGGAGGAGCGGCGGGAGAGCGAGGCGGUGGAGGACGAGCAGAGAGACUGGCGCUUCGAGCGGCCGCUGACCGAGACCACGUCCUGCUUCCGGCUCCACGACUUCCGCUCGCUCAUGCUGCCCGACAACAACCGCCCGCUGGAUCAGAGCGUCCUGCUGAAGGUCAAGGAGCUGCUGACGGACAGCGACGCCAGGACCACCGCUCUGCACAUGCUCAGCGUCAACUGCCAGGUGGCCCGGGUCACGGGGGUGACGGCGGAGCAGAAGAGGAUCAUGGGAGUGGAGACGGGUCUGGAGCUCAUCACUCUGCCGCACGGAGGCCAGCUCAGACAGGACCUGCUGGAGAGGCAUCACGCGCUGGCUCUGGGCGUGGCGGUGGAUCUUCUGGGCUGUACGGGGACGGUGGCUCAGAGGGCCACGCUGCUGCACAGGACCAUUCAGCUGGCGCAGGAGCUGCGUAACACCACACACGACCUGUACGCCUUCUCCGCCGUCAUGAAGGCGCUCGAGCUGCCGCAGGUGGCGAGGCUGGAGAUGACAUGGAGAGCGCUGAGGCAUAAUCACACGGACAGCGCCGUGGCGUUCGAGAAGAGCCUCAAACCCUUCAUGAAGGCCCUGAACGAGGGCGACGACGGCGAGGCGUCGGGGCCGCUGUCUCUUCCUCACAUGGUGCCGCUGCUGAGGCUGAUGGAGGGAGAAGACGGCGUGGAGUCCACCGACAGAGGCUGCCAACUGCUCUACAACCUGCUGCAGUCGGCACGCAACGCCGCGCUACACGCUAACGACUGCUCGCGGCACGCUCACGGCCUGCUCUCCGCCGGAUGGGAGCCAAUCCCAGAGCUGCUGGAGGUGUUUCAGACGGAGUUCGCCCUUCGGCUCUUCUGGGGGCAGAUGGGUGCCAAAGCCGAUCGCAAGGAGCGCUACGCCAAAUUCGACAGGAUCCUCACGGUCCUCUCCAACAAACUGGAAGCGGACGGGAGCUCGGAGGUUUGAGCUCUGCUGGCGAGCACGGGAAGUCCAGCCACUUCUGAGCUUUAUAUUCCUGUCAUUUACAUGAUAAAAACAGACCCGACGCCAGAGCACGAGCGCGAGGUGAAGCGUGUCGGAUCUCUUACUAGAAAAUUCCAUAUUUCAGCACGCGUUAGUUUACAGUCAUGAUGAUGUUGUUUUGAAGCUGUGAUUGUUUUCAUAUCUGAGUGAAAUUUGCUAAAUCUAUAUGCUUACUUUCAGAGGCACACUUUCUCUUACCAAAGCAUUUCUGAUUUUAUAUGUAAAGAAUAUAUUUGAAUUUCUUAAUGGAUUAAAAUGGAAAUUAAUAUAUCAAA